GGGUUCUAUAUAUAAAAAAACAACCAUGCGGAGUUCCAGAGGCAGGGUUAUGAGAGUUCUCCACAGAUUUUGACAUUUACCAAAUCUCUGUGCAGGCAUUAGUAGUUGCCAGUUGAGAACAAAAAAAAUUACAUUAUAGCAGAAGGAAGAUGAAAUAAAUAUCUGAGAUCUUGAGUUGCUGUUUAAAACUUGAGAGACUAACAAUGUAUGGUGUGAGUCAGCUGCAGAGGCAGUUGCUUGAAUACACUUCAUCCCUCUUUCAAGAAGGAUUCCUAGAUGAUCAAUUCAAUCAGCUUCAGCAACUUCAAGAUGAAAGCAACCCAGAUUUUGUGGUUGAAGUGGUGACUCUCUUCUUUGAGGACGCAGAGAGGCUUCUUAAUGAGCUGGCAAAAGCACUAAGCCAGGGAAGCAUUGAUUUUAAAAGGCUGGAUGCUCUUGUUCACCAGUUGAAGGGUAGCAGCUCCAGCAUCGGCGCACAGAGAGUUCAGAAUGUUUGCAUUGCCUUCCGAAACUACUGUGAGGAGAAAAAUGUUGAUGGGUGCCUUAAAAGCUUGCAACAAAUAAAACAGGAGUAUUCUUUGGUGAAAAGCAAGUUUGAGACUCUCUUCAAGAUGGAGCAGCAGCUGUUGGCCGCAGGAGGUUCGGUUUCUAGGGAGUGAGUGAUGUUUGCUUGCAAUUUGCAAUAACCAGAAGAAAGCAUCAAUCAUGUCCAAUCUGCUUACAAAGCAACCACUUCUCUGUUGUAAUUUUCUCUUUGUUUAUGAUUUUGUCCUGUGUAACUCGGUCGUUUAAUUGAAUUUAUCAUUUAAGCCAGAGAAUGAUCCAUAUCUAGUCCAAAAGAAAUUUGAAUAAUCCCUACUCCUUUGGUUAAUACAGAAGCUGGACCCCU